GUCGGAGCCCGGAAGUGUCAGGGCCAUGGCGGGUUCGGCGCCGCGGCGGCAGCCUCUGGAGCUCGUCUUCUUCAUCUUCUUCAUCCCGCCCGCCGGCGCGGCCCUGCGGUUGCUGCUGGACGCCGCGCCACCUUUCAACUGCUCCCAGCCGGAUUUAAACUGCCUCGUAAGAAACAGUACCUGCAUGGAGGCAAGCUGGAUGCAGGUUCGCAUGUGGACUCCUUCUGCUCCAAGCAGUCUUCACGUAUCUUCUGACGUUUUCCAUCAGAUGGAUGGAAACUUGCUCCCCGUGCUUCGGAUAGAAUGGAAAGUGGCCACUGAUGCUAGCAUCCAAUACCUCCAAGGGGCAGAGCUGGCUGUUAUGCAAGUGAACAGUAAUCAACAAGUUUGUGCCCAGUAUGACUUUCAGAACAACUUGCCACUUCAGGUCCGUCCAGAUGGAGGCCGGUGGAAUUUCACUUUUGAUCGUUUUGAAGUCGAACCUGGCCAGACUUACCAAGUAACUGUGUACCACCUGCCCAAACUGAGUGUAGAUGGAGACUACAAUCGCAAGUCCACAUCUUUCACAAUGCCUGACUGCAGGGACCCUCUAAUGAAAAGAACCGUCUCAUGUAUAAAGACAGGCAGUUUGUGGGAACCCAGGAUCCAAGGUAAAAGUCUAGAUGAUACAACUCUGCUUGUGAGCUUUAACCCAUGGAUGGAGCCAGCCCGAUACCAAAUUCACGUGGCCAGUUUCCUGAAUGAGAUGAAGUGUAAAAUAAUCACACGUGAUUUCACUGAGGGUGGGCUGCAACAGCAAGUGAAUGUCACAAUCAAAAUAGAGAGGAACAUAAGAGCUUGCUGUGACUAUGAAAUACAGAUUCAGCCGUUCUUUGCGAGCUGUGGCACGGACUGUCUGAGACACUCUGCUUUUAUCCCAUGUGCUCCAGCUCCAAGUUCAGACCCAUCAGGUGACAUGUUUAUAUGGUUCUACUGGUGUAUUACUGGUAUCUGUGUGUUACUGGUGGGAUCGGUCAUAGCGGGUGUGAUUUGUAUGACCAAAAAACGAGCAGGACACCAGCGAGAGAAAUGGAACCACAAUGAGUUGCAGACUGCAGCACCAUAUUCCGACUUUCCUCUGCCACCCUUGAAGCCUCGAAAGGUUUGGAUUGUGUACUCUGCUGAUCACCUACUGUACGUGGAUGUGGUGCUGAAGUUUGCAGAGUUUCUGAUGACUGUCUGUGGCACUGCUGUAGCCUUAGAUCUGCUAGAAGAUCAUCAGAUCUCAGAGUUGGGGCCAUUGCCCUGGCUUACUCGACAGAAGAAGGAAAUGGAAGACCUAUCUUCAAAGAUUAUCAUCUUAUGUUCACGGGGCACCCAAGCUAAAUGGCAGGCCAUGCUUGGGAGUGAGCCUGUGUGUCUCAAACAAGAUCAGCAAAAGCCUAUGGGAGACCUGUUCACCCCAGCCUUGAAUUUGAUCCUGCCAGAUUUCAAGAAGCCAGCCUGUUUUGGAAUGUACAUAGUCUGCUAUUUUGAGGGGAUAAGUAGUGAGGAAGAUAUACCUGAUCUGUUCAAUGUCACAUCCAGGUACCAACUGAUGGACAAGUUUGAGGAUAUUUAUUUUCGGAUUCAGGACUUGGAGAAGUUUGAACCUGGGCGCAUCCAUCGAAUCCAGGAAAUCACAGCUGAAAAUUACAUUGAUACCCCUAGUGGAAGGAAGUUGAAAGAGGCAGUACAGAAGUUCAAGAACUGGCAGACUGAGCACCCAGACUGGUUUGAGAGUGAAACCAUCUGCCUAGAUAAUGAUGAGGAGUUGCAGUCCCUAAGCAGAGAGAGCCAGGUGGAUUCAUUGCUAAGUGAACAGGGUGGAAUUGUGAAACACCAGCUGCAGCUACAGGAGCCUGACCCUAACUGCUGUUAUGUUGUGAACCUCCACAUGCAUGAAGGUGAAAGCAGAGGCUGUAAACUGCAACCUCAACUUAAUCCAUGUGGGGAUCUGACUUCUCGGACUAUGGUGCUUCCUACGGAUGAGGCUUCUCUAGUUCAGGUAGUGGAGCCAGUCUCUUCCAUGGAAGAUAGAAAUAUACUUGCUCAUCAUGUGCUGAGUAAUGAGGACUCUAUGGAGGGAGUUCCUCUUCUGGAGUCAAGGUUUCCUGUGAGGAAUAACAUCAUCCUCCAUGAUGACUCUGAAGUUUCAGUGGUAGAUGAUGACCAGAGUCCUGAAAACCUCUCAGGUGAACUGAGACACCAUCUGAAUGGACUUAUGUACUCUCUUUAUCAGCAGCAUGUCAUUCCAUCAGAGCCAUCUCUCUGCCAAGAGGAGGCUGACAGGCAACAGCAGCUGGUCUUUGAUGACCAAUGCAAAGACCAAAGACAGUCAGUGCAGUCAGACCAGGGAUACAUCUCUAGAUGUUCUCCUCUGCCUCCUGAUGACCUUGUGGAGGAGGAGGAGGAGGAGGAAGAAGAGGAGGAAGAUCAGGAAAACCAAGUGGUUUUCCAGGAACUCUCUCCAGAGGUCUUGAAUAGUUUAAAGAGCCUCCAGCAGCAGCUGCUUUUCCAGGACAUUCAACAGAGCUCUGACUGGGGGUAUCCAGCUGAGGUGAUGGACAGUGGUCAGUCUUUGGAGGACUGUUAGUCUCUGUUUGGGACCUGCUUCAUGUGAAGCACAGGGAUGGAAGGUGGUAGCACACACAGUGCUGAAACUGCAUUUACAACGCCAUCCUUGUCCUUGUAUUAUCAAUGACUUAACUGGUGGUAUCUUCCUAUCUGCUGCUAGGAGACAGGAUUGCCUAGCAGUCUGGUAACAUUACUUUCAACCUCUGGAGUGAAGCAAUGAAUAUCAGCCACUCCAGUGAAAGAACAGGCAGUAGUUCUCUUCCUUGGGCAAAUGUAUUACAUUGAAUCUUCACUGAUGGAAGAAUUGUUGUGGCUUAUUCGCUUGUGCCUUCAAAAUGCCAUCCAGCUGUACUGGUUCUCUUGCACUGGAUAAAAGUCAUGGACAGCGUUUGGAAAAUAGAUAACAUGGCAAAAUGUACGUUGUCAUUUUAAUACACAUUUUGUAUUUUUUGUGGUAAAUACUGUGUUAAAGAUGUGUGCCUUGAACUUCAACUAGGUUAAGGCUGUCUUUACCUGGUUGAUACAUGUCUGGAGACUUUCUUUUGGCACUCAUUCAUUCAUUUGGAACUGCAUUUUCACAGCCAUUCAGAAAUCAAACAGAGUAACUGAGCAGUAAGGGGAAUAAACUUCUAAUUAGAAAUCUCCAUAACUCUCCCUAGUGGGAAGUACAUGAUUGAAAGCCAGCAGUAAGAGGAGGAGGGGAGAGGUGAUAAUAUACAAUGGUUUUCAGGCUGCUUAUACAAUUAUAAGAAUACAGGAUUACUGAAUCAGGGGUAUCUGGUGUAUUUUCUGAUGCACUGCUGCAGUGCUUUUGGACAUCUUGGCACCAGUGAGACUUGAGCUGAAGAUGUAGAUAGUAACACACACUUAAGGAAAUGAAAGACAAUUCUGGAGGGGAAGAAAGUGUAGCUUCAGCAGAUGCUAUUUUAGAGCGGAGAUUAUAACUGUGUUAGGGGAGGCUGAGCUAAAAUGAAUGUAAAAUGCAUUUAUGUGGUGUAAACUCAGGCACAGAUAGUUCAUUGUGAAAUACUUUAUAUUGACUAAAGGGUUUAUGUUCCAGGAGCAGCGAUGGGAAAUGUAUCAAUUCCAGAGUUUUUCAAAGAUUUAAGCUUGAUGCACUAGAAAAAGUUGUUCUCUGCCAGUGAUUGCAUGUUGGCCUAUGUAGCACUGACUGAGUAGUCAAGGCUGGCGUUACCCAAUUUGUUGUCGUGGUUUCUGUAGUCCAGCUUGCUGGAUAACAGCUUGGGAGAUGUAAAUACAUGCAGGCCUUCCCCCUUUGUUCAGACAAGCUUGUCAUCUUCCUGUCCUUCUAAGUUAACUUGUCAAAAAGUGUUGAGAAUUUUAUUUUAGCUCUUAAAAAAUCUGGUAUCUUAGAAGAUAAUCUGUUCUUUUGACUUGAAACCAACAUUGUAAUAUGUAUAUUUUAUAAAUCUGUGUUUAUAACUUGUUUUACUCCUUAAAUUAAAAAACAAGAAUACUUUUUGGAUAUAUUUACCUAAAUACUUAUGUUUUCAGUUCUGCCUCGCUCGUUACGUUACUGUUUCUUUUGGAGAACUGAGAGCUAGAAUUGAACUGCUUGACCCAACCUUCCUGCAAAGUGUUUUAGUUGUGUCCAGUUGAGCUGGAUGCAGCUAGGGCCCCAAAUUUCUCGGAACUGCAUGUUCCUUCAAAAUGGGUGUUAAAGUUUUAUAAGUGCUUUUAAUUUCUAUGCAGGGCUGCACAGUGAGACAGGACUGUUAAGACAGCUCGCUUUCUCUACAGCCAGAUGUCUGGAAAGAGCAACAGAGAGACAGUUCCUGCACUGAUCCAAACUUAAGACUGGCUGCCACCUUUGUUUCCUGUCUGUACAGGACCUAGAACCCAUCAGCAGCUGAGCAAGAGGCAGCUGCGAUCUCAGUGCUUCUCCAAUGUAUCAAAUUUGCAGAUUAUGUGAGUAAUUGUCAUCUUGACAAUCCCACUCCUUAAAGUUUCUUUUAUCUUACAGCAAUUAACAUGUAAAUCAGAUUUUUUUUUUCCCAUGAGCGUUUUUCAAGUGCUAUGAAUUCCUAUAGAUCCUUUAAAUAGGAAGCUCAGAAGUGUCAUCUGGAUUUUCUUGCUGUAGUCAUUCUCUUCUCAAAUUACUCCCUUGGUGUUACGGCUUUUAGAAUUCACUUUCACUUACCAGAAGUUAGUUUGAGGAGAAAAUCCAGAUACUGUUUUAGCCAUCCAACAUGAGAAAAUCAAGUUACUGCAUCCUUUGGUCCUCAAGUACAAAAUUGAAUAGCCCAACAAUACUCAAAGAAGGGAAAAAAUGAGCAAAAUCAGUCACAAGUUUCUGAUUUUAUUUUAACAAUCUUGCUUUUUAAAAAAUACAAGUUCUGAUUAAUGCCAAGGGGAUGCCAAGAGUCUGUUGACCAUAGGCCUUACCUCUCACUUCAGAUUCCCCUCCUGGGAGUAGUAAUAUCUUUUGUCGGGAUAGCAAAGAGUAAUAAAAUGCUAAACAGCUGUAUUGUGUUACAAGGCUCGUAACAGAAUCCCAAGGAACUUAUGUCUUAGUAUGGCACAACUUCAUUUAGCAAAGUGUUAUUGGCCUGGACCAGUAAUUAAACGUUGGCAGAACAUACAGUAGGUGUGCAAGGUGCAUCGGGUGAGGUAUCGUUUGCACUUUAAUGGUACCACUAUCUAUUUCUGCUGCAGAUGGAUCUAUUAUGUAGCAGAAGGGUUUAAAUGGAAGUGAGAGUUCAAUUACCAAAGGAAGGGAAUUCAAAAGGUGGAGCGAGUUUAUAAACAAGACUUCCAAGAGAGUUAAAUGCUUCUCUGUAGUCAGUGACAUGGCAACAGAGCUGCACUUUAAUUGCAAAGGGGCUCCUGUACAUCAAACUACUUGGAGAGCUUUCUACUCUCCAAACAGCACACUUACCAACAACCUAAAAACCAUGGCACUACAAAGAACCACUUAUUCUACAAAGGAAUUCUACACAACAGAAGCAUUAUCUUGCAGGGUCAUCUGUCCCAGGCAACCUUUGUAUCCACAGCCAAAUUUGAACGGUGAUUUCACUGUCAAUGGCUUGAAUAUAUGCCAUGGCUAGAUAAAUUUCAUAUAUGCCAUUUUCUCAGUUAUGUCUUAAAUGGAAAAAGGCACUCACUGUUGAAACAGCAACUUUGUUACAUGCUGUGAAGGGGUACUGACAAGUAAGACUCCUUAAUAAUUCUGUGAUUUUUCUAGUGUCUCAACUAUGCUUACGCUUCAGUGUAUCAGGGAUGUUCUACACGCUUUGGUGCUAUUGUGAACUUGGCCGUAGAAGAAGCAAAACAUAGUUGGGGGUAAAUAGCUUAUUUCCUACACCUUGUUUUUGGCAAUAGUUUGGGCUUUCUUUCUUCAGCUGUUUGACUGAAGUAUGGAGUACUCCUAGGUACAGGUAUCAUCUCAUUCUCUCUUGAAUAAUACUGUUGUUCUUGCCAAGCUUUUGCUAUCUGUUUAAUGCUGAGAAAAAGGAAGGUGCAAGGAAACAAGUAUCUGUACAAGCAUAAUAUACCUGUCAUUACACCUCCUCUAGCCAGGAACUUAGCAUCCCCUCGACACAUUUCACAUCACAUAGGAAAAGUUCACAGUACCAAGUUUUACAAUCACAGUCACUCACAGCACCAAGAUUGUCCAGACAAAAAGAAGUUACUGAAGAGAAAGGCCACUGGCCAAAAUUCACACAAUUGCCCACGUAUGGGCUCAGGCUAAAAAUAAAGCACUGGUGGGAAAGCUAAGCCCAGCCUUUGCUGACUCUCCAUUUGGCGUGAGGAGAGCAGCAAGUCACUCAUCCCAGCUGCAGCUCUGAACAGAAGAGCUCUAUUGCCCAUUUUUUUGUAGGGGCUUUUCUAGCCCCUUGAAAAUCAUCAGCCACCUGGCAGUUAAAGGGGAGAAGAGCCCCAUGGCACCCCCACCUCUGCCUGUGGGAACUGGAAAUUACCAGACUGUAAACAUUUUGCUGGAGCAGUCCACUGGAGCAGGCAGUUGAUCCCACUCUGUGAAAAGGAAGGCGGGACAGAGGCUCAGUCCACUGAAGCCUAAGCCCUGAAGAGAAUGGAUGUGUGUGCAGAAGUCUGGGCUGUGCCUGCGGUCCUGCUGCUGGCUCUGGAUAGCAGUGUUGUGCUUUAUUCCCUUUCCCACCAGAACAGCUUGAAAAAAAAGGCUUGGGACAGGAAACUGGCAUUUUCCCAAUGAAUGCAGCCUUGCCCAGAUAACAAAAUAUGGGCCUGGGAGGGGCAAAGUGCUUCCUCCGAACUCUAUGCUCCUGCUUCCAUUUGGCUGGUUCCAGGAGCAGCUGUAGCCAGCAGAAGAGCAGGCCUUGACCCCCACCAAACAUUCAUGGAGAUAAAAACAAAAGAUAACUGUUUCUAUGAGAGGUUACUAACAAUUUUUUCCCCACCGACCCUUAACUACAUGCACAUGGAGGACAGGGUGCUGGUGUGGGGACUUCCACCAAAGCUCGGGAGCAUUGUGCUGAGAAGUGAGGGUCACCAAGCGCAGGACCCACCCCCAGCAGCCCUGACAAUCCUCUGCUCUGCUGUUUGAGAGGGGGCAGUUUGCAGGCUUAGCCCUGUCUCUACUCCCUCAAACAGACAUGAGAGGGGGAGCAGAGGAAAUCUUUCCAUCCUUCCCGGCUCAUAUAAAGGGAGAACCUACAUUACAUAAAAGAAAACCAACACUGAUCCCAUAAACAUGCAUAUUCACAGAGAAAGGAGAGCCCCAGCAUGUGGGUGCUGCUGUCUGGAGUAAGCAGUAGGCUGCUGUAAACCCUGUUCUCACCAGAAAUAAUGUCUCGGUGGUAGCGAAGGGGGGUAUAAGCCCCCGGAUUAUGUGUCCAUGCUUGAUUCCUGUAUUCCUUUAGCACGUGAAGUCAAAAUAAGAUGCAAAACGUUGAAGCACAGAGGUAGAAAUUUUCAGCUUAGAGAAAGUGGCUCCUAGUUUUGGAACAACCAGAUGGCCGAUGUGCUCCGAGAGGUUCCCUAGCAGGUAUGCAAAGCCCCUCUGCAGCGUUGCUGCUGAGAAACGGAGGUGGCAGCUUUGCAAGGCCUAGGAAAACCAACGCGUGCUGCUUUUUGUCCUGCCCGCACCCCAAAGGCACGUCUCUGCUGGUCAGACCCUUCUCACAUCCCCUCGUUGUAGUCAGCAGGAGUUCUUAAAGGAGGGGACGGAAUCUACCGGUCCCUGCUGUUUAGGAGGAAAAGAGAAAAAAACCUAAACCUUUACGGUCACAACAC